ACGUCAUGAGUGUUUGAAUGUUUCAGUGCUGCCAUCUGUGACGAGAGAGGACGAAAUUGUACGAGACUAGCCGAAUUGGUCAGUUGCGGUCGCCAUUUUGUCGGGCAGUCAUCGGGUACGUCGUGUUUCUUUCGGGUUGCUGUACUUUUUGGAACAAGCAUCGCCGAAAAAUUUGGGGUCCGGCACGUUCGUUCGCUCCCCCAAAUGGCUUGUUUGAACACCCUUAAGCAGGAGAUUAAAACUCUUGAGUCCGUCUUCCCUAAGAGCCAUGAGAGAUUUCAGAUAAUGUCUGCGAGUGUGGACGAACUCAGCUGCAGGUUCGUCGGUAAAAAUGGGAAGAAAUACGAAAUACACGCCAAUAUUACAGAAACCUAUCCUUCUACACCACCAGUUUGGUUUGCGGAAUCAGAGGAAACAAGUGUUACAAAUGCGGUACAAAUUUUAAGUACUACUACAGGCCGUGACAACCAUGUCAUUAACCAAGUUGGGAUUCUCUUGAAAGAAUUAUGUAGACUCCACUCAUUACCUGAACCACCCGAUGUUGAACGGUUAAGGACAGCUUUGGAUCCAUUACGUUUAGGAGGAUCGAAUGAAGCAGCGGCACAAAGGAUGGAAGCUGAAGAUGUAGAAGAUAUUGAUGAUGAUGAAGAAAGCGAUGCGGAGGAAGACCUACAUUUAGAUAUGGACGAAGGGGAUGCCAAUGCAAAGAGUAAGGGUGAAGAAAUAGAAUUGGAACAUCUUGCAACGUUAGAAAGGUUGAGACAAAAUCAAAGACAAGAUUACUUAAAAGGAUCUGUCUGUGGCAGUGUGCAAGCCACAGACAGACUUAUGAAAGAAUUGCGCGACAUUUAUCGGAGUGACAGUUUCAAAAAAGGAAUGUACAGCAUAGAAUUAGUAAAUGACAGUUUGUAUGAAUGGAAUGUCAGGCUGAUGUGUGUUGAUCCUGAUUCACCUUUACACAGCGAUCUCAUACUUCUAAAAGAAAAGGAAGGCAAAGACAGUAUUCUCCUUAACAUGCUUUUUAAGGAAACUUACCCAUUCGAACCCCCAUUUGUCAGAGUUGUGCAUCCCAUGAUCUCUGGUGGUUACGUCCUUAUAGGAGGUGCAAUUUGCAUGGAACUCUUAACGAAACAAGGUUGGAGUUCAGCUUAUACAGUGGAAGCAGUUAUCAUGCAGAUUUCAGCGACACUAGUGAAGGGAAAAGCACGCAUACAAUUUCAAGGACCAGGUAGUGCUAGCAAAGUGUGUGGUCAAGGUCAAUACAGUCUAGCCCGUGCACAACAGUCAUUCAAGUCUCUUGUACAAAUACAUGAAAAAAAUGGUUGGUUUACCCCUCCAAAAGAGGAUGGCUAAUGAACAUGAAUCACGGAGAAAGAAAAGUUUGACGCGUGCUUACAGCUGAGACUUUAAUUCGGUGUGUGCCCAACAAAUAAUUGUUACGAUAAUGAUUUGAUACACAAAACACAACAUUAACUAGGUGGUAACUUAAGAUACUGAAUUAAUCUAACGCGUAAUUCCUUUUAUAGCUGAAAAGGCUGCCGCGCAAACAGUGAAGUGUUUGAUUAUGUAUGCAUAGAUUUUUCAGUAAUUAGUGAUUAAAUCGCCAAUCGCAUUUGUGAAUGUGAGAUGUAAUCAUUUUUAUCUGGAAUUGAUUCUUACGUUUGGAAUUACUAAGGAUCAUAAUUAUUCCAAAUAACAUUAAUCUUAGUUCUCUUUUUGUGAGUACACAUGUUGUACGUACGUACGAAACAGUGUAAACAUUCUCUGUGAAAAUGCGUUUGCGCAAUCCGUGCUUCCUUUCUUUCAACAGAGGGAACACGACGAUUAUCAACUUAGAUAGUUAUAUUGACAAUUUUUCUAAGUGUUUUUUUAUCAUUGUGAGCUUUCAUUCGUUCCAUUCUAUCUUAUUGUAUCUUAAUUUUUUCAUUGUGCAAUUCAUAAGUAAGUUUGUUUGGACAUAUACAUUUGUUAAAGGUAGACAGUAAACGAAUCUGAUAUGAGAAUAGCGAUGUUUCUGGGGGUAAAGCGAAUUUUGCUAUUACCUUUUGUAUUUACUCGAUGCUUUCAUUCAUUGAUCAACAUGAUUCGAUAAUGUGAACGAGCACACAACUAAAUCAUCACAGUUCUAGAGUAUUUCGAGUACAUAAUCAUGUACUAACAUGAUUUUAAGAAAAUUAACAUCACAUACGACGAGGCUUUAGAGGUUAUAGUAUUACUUGUAAUUCUACAUACUAUGCAAAAGAUGAAAAUAUCUUAUUCACGAACGAUUUAAUUUAACAGACUAAUGAAAUUAUAUAUUUUCUUUUAUCAAGUAGAAACUUUUUACAUUUUUAUUUUGUUAUAUAUUAAAAUAAUAAACGUAUAUAUUUCUAAUACUUUACGUUGUCCGCUUUCUAAUUAUUCAUAUUUAAUCUUUAACUAAACUUUAUUCGAGGUUACAUUCAGCAAAAUAUUUUAUAAUUUACGUUUUAAUUGUCAAACAUUCUUAUAAAUAAAGAAAUCGUAUAGCAAUACUAGGUAGUAUGUAUUUCCUUAAUAUAAUUGACUACUACACAGUUAAGGGUUGUAUAGAUGUACAGAUACACGUUCCUGUGUUAAUUUCUCGAAACCCUAAUGUUCUUUGAAGUCCGUAUUAUUUUUUCUUAAAUCUAAAACUAAAAAUAUGCAAAACAAUGUAGGAUUCGCCAUUUGGUUGUGUGCUUCGUUUGUUAAGCUACUUCUGUUAUAUCCUUUACAAAGCGGUUGAUGUGUGCUUGAGGUUGAUAUGAAGGUUUGGUCUGUAUGUUGGGCGUACGCUCAAGCGAAUUUUUAGUGGUAUUCUAUAUACAUAUAUAUACACAUAAAUAUAUAUCGUGACAAUUUAUUUGCAAUCGAAGCUCUAUUUACACGACGUAUUGAACGUGAAAUUACGCGUGUAAUCGUCGAAAUUUCUUUGUGCCACAGUAGAGUUUACACUGGCCAGUUAAACGAAACGACAAGGCAUAACAAGCGAACACGCGUACAUUAAAGGCACCAUUAGGAUCGCGAAAAACGAAUUACCGCUUCUUAAGAAAAAAAAAAAAAUUAUAUACACAUGUAUUAUUGCACAUGUAUUUGAAAUUUAUGAGACUAUGCUAUCCUCGUGCGUUUUUCUUCGUGAAAACAUUUUCUUCUAACUGAACGGAUAUCGUUCCCCUGUCUAUAAAAGAAACAAACAAUUAUGGACUUCCGGUUCUUUUUUCACGAUGACUUCAUCCCUAGUUAACGAUAGUAGUCGAUACAAAUUAUUAUCGUUGUAUGGCAAAGACCGAUGGCCAAACUAUUGCGUAUACGUUUAUUAACAAGUGAAUUUCUACAUUUUUAAAAACGAUUGCUUUUCAUAUACUCGAUAUAUCUUGAUUCCACUCCCAGAACGUCUAUGCGAAAUGUUUCGUACAUACAUACAUACGUACAUGAAACGCGACGUACAUUUUACAAGGAUACACACACACACACACACACACACACACAUACAUACACGCACGCUUAUUAGCGCGCGCGCGCAAACGCAUAAACACACACACACAUAAAUACAGACAGACUCUACACACGUCAUAUUAUACAGAGAUAUACAUUUACAUGCGUGCAUAUUAUGCAUUCAUAACACACGCUCCGAUUCGUGUAUAUAAAUAUACAUAUUCCGUUCCUUGUGUUUCAUCUUCGUACGUUGUACAUAUGCAAAUUUGUAUCAAUUAGUCGACGAAACACGUUCGAACGGCGAUUCGUUUGAUCACUGCGCUAUCGUAUCUGUAAAUUGGGAAAAAAGAUAUGGAUUUGAAACGUACGUGAAUUUCAACGAAUAAUAUAAUAUUUUCAUCGUGUAAUUUAAAUAAUUGUAACUAAUUUUUUUUAAUGUUCGACACACCGAAUUGCACGGGAAAAUAUAAUAUGUAUCUCAGUUUAUGUCUGUGAGGUUGUUCAGCAAACAACGGUACGAAGAUGAAGCGGUACAUAUGUUAUUGGCAAUAACGCAUGUACGAUGCAUCCGUAAAUAUAAUUAUUGGAAUAAUCGAGCGAAGUAGCAUGGGUCAAUAGUUUCUUUUUCGUGGUGUAAUUAAAGGAAAAAGAAGAAAAAAGUAAAGCAAAAAGAAAAUAAGAAAUCGUUUGUGAAAUUCGUGCGAGCAGUUUCGUAAUAAAAUCUAGAUUCUUAAGUAUAGGUGUACAAUCGAUGAGCUCAUUGUCAGUGGGUAUCAAUGAUUUGUACAGCCGCACCUGACUGACACUGAGUGAUGGUUGUUUUGACGUCGUUAACCGUUAUGUUCUUUGUCAAAAGAAGAAAAAAAAAAAAAACAAAAAAGAAGAAAAAUAACUUUUCAUUUCUCUCGCGUUUGUUAAGUUUUUCUUUCCUUUUAAGAAUUUGCGGAGCGUAUAUUGUAAGCAGCCACGUGGCUUGUAUAUUUUUGCUACAAAUAUCGUUAGUAGUACCCGUUUUUAAAAAUUAAACGUUCUUACGUUUCUUCUUAUUAUUAUAAAAGUAAUUACUAUUAUCUCUCUCUUUUUUCUUUCAUAUAACUCAUUCGAAGUUCUUAGAGAAAAACUAAAAGAGCUGAUGAAAUACCGACGUAAUAAGAUCGAUUAAAAGCGAAUUAUAUUUAAUGGUUUAUAUCAAUUAUCCGUAAAUCCAUGCUCAUUUUUCUUAGCUGUUAAACGAGACGAACUCCUUCGUAGAUGCAGAAGUAAUGAGAAUUUUUGUAAAAAAAAAAAAAAAAGAAUUAUUUGAUCGUUAUCAACAUUCGUGAUGAAAUACACGAAUACAAAAUUGAAUGCACACGAAUUUCCAAAUCGAAGUCUUGGCUCUUUUGUGAUUUGUUAAAAUUCAUUAAAAAGAUAUCUUACAACAAAUGAUGGAGUUUACUAACGAUAGAAAGAUAUUAAGCAAAAUUUCUCCUUACUUUUGCAUCGAAAUUAUAAUAUAAUUUACAGAAAGGAAAUAUACUGUGUUUCUUUGAUCAAAGUAGAUCGAAUUUCCCUUUGGUUGUAAUCACAAAGAAAACGGAGAAGAGCGCGUUUGAAAGAAAAGCGUAGUAAGUAAAAGUAAAUGACUUUUUACGGAUUCGCUUCUUAAAUAACGAGAGUAGUUUGUAUAUCUGCGAUAUGCUUGAACGAAACUUGGAAUUUUUCACAAUGAUUUUACAAUGAACUGUCGAUUUGAAGACUGGUUAAAAAAAAAAAUGAAAACACUUCUUGCGUUCCUUUUUCCAUUCUUAAGAUUUGUGCGUUGUCACGACGUUCUAUUCUCUGAUUGCUAUGGGCGAGUAACCGAACGCUAAACGAUCGGCCUGUAUCGUAAUGAAAGCUCUAUUUUUUAUGUAUUUGAUUUCGUGUAAAAUAUAGGACGAUACUGGUGUUUCCGGUUAAACAGAUCGGAAGAAAGAUUUGCGAAUAUAAAUGUGCCUAGUUUUCGAAUGUAUUUGUGGCAAAAAUAGUGAAUUUGUUAUUAGAGGGUCUCAAGUUCUCCCUUGCUUUCCCGACACCGUGCUUUUCUAAAAGGUUUUCUGAAAACUAGUUUUCUUAGUCCAUUAAGGGCCAACAUUCCAUUUGCAAUUUAUUUGCGGUCGGUUUACUUGUAUUUGAAUUCUGUCUCUUAACAUUAUGAUUAUAAAAAGGAUUUGUAAGCA